GCUGUUAUCUCAUGGAGUGUACCUAGUUAUAUUCCAUCAGACUAUCCCAUUAUCACAUAUGAGAUAGGAUAUCAUAUUCUUUUUGACAGGUGUUGCUGUUUAAUGGUAGAUGAUGAUGACAUUAAUAUUCAAAUGCUACAGUUCUCUAAUUCAACCAAUAGCAAUACAUUUAUUAACAUUACUGGUCUUAAUGAUAUGUCUUGUUAUAUUUUUGGUGUACGUGCAUACACUGAUAGAGGACCAGGAAGCUGGAGAGUUAUUGCUAAUGAGACAUUGAUAAGUCAAUAUGUAUGCACAGGAUCAAAUGAUGAAGAAGCUGUUGAUGGUGCUAGUAUUGGACUGGGUGCAGUGGUUGGAUUAUUAACAAUAUCACUAGUUGUUAGUAUCAUUAUUCACAUCUACUGCUUUAUCAAGCUUAAAUCUUACUAUGCAGCUACUGCUAAAGAAACAAAUAAAUUUAAUGAUGAUAUAUCAAUGCAAGCAUGUGAAUCAUAUGUUGUACACAAGACUAAAGAUACUACAGAUACUACAAAAGACUCAUUGUAUGAGUGUCCAGAUAUCAAUGUCUAUGAUGAUGCUAUUUAUGUAACAUAGCACAGUGUUGUAAUUGCUUUUAAAUAGUUAGUUGGUACUCUUGGUAGUAAUGUGCUUUAUGUGGUACAACUGUAUCUUUUUUAACAAUAGUUCAUUUAUGCUGUGAUUUGUUUACUUUAUAAAAUUAGAUGGCCUCAAUUGUUGAUCAUAAAA